AUGGCGCAGGAGCUUUCCUUGCCGCAAUGGCUUCAAAACGAGACUGCACUCGCUGCUGUGACGGAUGUUGGCUUCCUAUUGGACCAAACUAUAGAAUCUACCAUCCAAGAUAGUAGUGAUGAUUACUACUUUGACAUUUAUACUGGUUAUUCAUCGGAUCUCAAAUUUGCUCUAAUGAAAAUCGGUCUCCUCUCACGGCAUCGGCGUUUGACUGAGAGUGACAGCUUUCAGAGCGAUGGAGAGGAUACCAACGGGCACUCAAGCCCGGUCAAAAAUCUUGAGAUCGGGAUUCGAAAUAUGAUCCGCCGAGAUCACGAAUCGGGGUUGAAAUUCCCUAGUCAUCACUUGCUCGACACCGACACGAUCGACGAGUUCAGAACCUACCUACAUUCUGCAUUGAAGUACAAGGGUGCGUGA